CAUCAAAAAAAAUUCACCUCUUACAAUAUUAGCCUUGAACGAACGACUCUAUUUAAUCAUAAUUUGGCUGCUGGAUCCGGUCGCGACAACUUCUUCUCGCGUCCUUCCAACAUACAAGGAUAGAUAAUCAAAUUUAUUUGAUUUCUUCUUUGCGUCCUAGGCCCUGCGAUCUAAGCACUUUCAACCAAGUCUUUAAAAAAAAACUCCACGUCUUUUUGACUUCAUCGUCACUUUUUCAACCCCCCCCAAAGGCGGGGCAUUUCUUCCACAUCCCCCACAAACUAUACCACACACAUACGAGCCGUAUACUUUGCAAGCCACCCAACAUGGCGCCUUCAUUUGAUCAUCUGCGCGACGCGGAUGUCGACGAGGAUGAUUACGACGAGGAUGAGAUCGACAUUAGCGAUCUGCGCGAGAAGUACGAGGUUCAACUUGAGCUGGGCUACGACACCUUCAUCGUCAUCGAUGGCCUUCCCGAGGUCACCGAGGAUCAAAAACCCAAGCUGGUCAAAUUUUUAUUGAAGAAACUGAACCAGGUCGGAAAGACCCGAGAAGAUCAAGUUUACAUGCCUAUGGAAGAUGGCAAGUCUCUUCGAUUUGCCUUCGUCGAAUAUACCUCCCCCGCCGAAGCCGCUGCCGCUGUCAGACAGCUCGACAUGGUGCCUCUCGACAAGAAACACACCCUUAGGGUUAAUAAGAUGACCGACAUUGACCGCUAUGGCCGAGAAGGACGCGUAAACGAAACCUAUGUGCCCCCUGAGAUCGAGGAAUUUACCGAAAAGGAGCACCUACGUUCAUUCCUGGCUGACCCGAGCGGCCGCGGCCGCGAUCAAUUCGCCAUGUAUCGGGGAGAUGUCGUUGGCGUGUUUUGGAACAACGAGAGGGACCCCCCCGAGAAUAUUGUCGACCGACAGCACUGGACCGAGAGCUUCGUACAAUGGUCGCCCUUGGGAACAUUUUUGGUAUCCGUCCAUCAACAAGGUGUGCAACUCUGGGGCGGUGCCUCAUGGUCUCGGCAGAAACGAUUCGCGCAUCCGUUCGUCAACAUGCUCGACUUUUCCCCGAACGAGAAAUACAUCGUCACGUGGUCCAACAGGCCUAUCUCCAUACCUGAUGAGGGACAUCCUCAACUGUCAAUAGACGAGGAUGGCAAAAACUAUGUGAUCUGGGACCUUGAGACUGCUAAGCCACUCCGAUCGUUUGCCAAUCUAGACCUACCAGCCACCAACGAUGCCCAUGCGGCCGGAGCGAAGCCCCCACCAAAAUUCCCCUGGCCGGCAUUUAAGUGGUCAUCUGACGACAAGUACGUAGCAAGAAUGACCCAAGGUUCCUCCAUCUCCGUCUAUGAAUUGCCUCGCAUGAAUUUAUUAGAUAAGACGACCAUUAAGGUGGAAGGUGUCAUGGACUUUGAAUGGGCACCUUCAACCCCGCAAAGAGAGGGUGUGAAAACGUACGAGCAGCUCUUCUGUUUCUGGACUCCAGAGAUUGGCAGCAAUCCUGCUAAAGUUGGCCUGAUGAGCAUCCCCUCCAAGGAGAUUGUCCGAUCGUUGAAUCUUUUUAGCGUCACCGAUGCCAAGCUCCAUUGGCAAUCGGAUGCUACGUAUCUCUCUGUUAAGGUGGAUAGACACUCCAAAUCCAAGAAGUCACAGGCUACUACUCUUGAGAUCUUCCGCAUCAGAGAAAAGGGCGUGCCAGUCGAAGUGGUCGACACAAUCAAGGAUACGGUCAUCAAUUUUGCUUGGGAACCUAAGGGAGAACGCUUCGUCAUCAUCACGACCCCUGAGCCGACGGGCCCCACCGCCGUCGCCCCCAAGACUUCUGUAUCGUUCUUUUGUCCCGAAAAGGUCAAGGGGUCCGCUGUAGGUAACUACAAGCACCUUCGGACACUAGAGAAGAAAAACAGUAACGCCAUCUAUUGGUCUCCUCGCGGCCGUUUCGUGGUUGUUGCGACGGUUGCUAACCAGCAGAGUUCCGACCUCGAGUUCUUCGACCUUGACUUUGAGGGCGAAAAGCCUGAAAGUGAUAAGGAUCUUACCGCCAACCUGCAACUCAUGAACACGGCAGACCAUUAUGGUGUUACUGAUGUGCAAUGGGACCCAUCAGGCCGCUUCGUGGCUUCCUGGGCAUCUGUAUGGAAGCAUACAAUGGAAAAUGGGUACCAUAUCUACGACUUCAGGGGUGAAUUAUUACGAGAGGAACCCAUUGAAAAGUUCCGCCAGUGGUUAUGGCGGCCCCGACCUGCGACUCUUCUCUCCAAGGAUGAGCAGAAGCAAAUUCGCAAGAACCUCAGAGAGUACUCUAAAGUUUUCGAGCUGGAAGAUGCGGAACGUGGAGCGUCUGCCGACUUGGCGGUGGUUGAGGCCAGAAGACGCCUGCUCGAUGAAUGGCUGGCAUGGCGUGCGUCAGUCGAGGAGGAGCUGGAGGAGGAGAGGGUCGAACUAGGCUUGCCAAAACACCCUGUCGAGACUACACCGGACAAUGGCGAGGAACAGGUGAUCGAGGAGAUUGUGGAAGAAGUGCUUGAGGAGAAUGAGGAGAUUGUUCCUUGAAGAGAGCACUCGGUGUGAUGGGAAAAUGGCUAGCAACGAACGGCGUUCUGUGUACUGUGUAAAGGCAUAUUGAGAUUUGCUGCUAGCAUACUAAGAAAAAUAAGGCCUUAGAGAUGGCUGAUAUUCUAGUGAAUCCAAAGCUUCGCUUUUGGAUAUAUGGUUUCUACGCUACCUACCCUACCCUGAUGUUUUUUUUUUUGUUUUUUUUUAACAAAAAAAAAAGAAAAGCAUCGCUGUUCGAUGUAGAUUUCAUUAACCUCGCAAAC